AUGGUUCUCAUCAAGCGAUUCCGGACAGUCUGGGGCGUCGAGUCUGGGAAGGACUUUGAGAACUGGAUCCCAUGGUUUCCUGAUCUCAAGAAGCAGGGCUUCGCUGGUGUUGAAGUAGAUAUCACAGAUCGUGAUGCCGACAACCUUCGGCAACUGCGACAGAUCCUGGAUGAUGUUGGCCUAGAAGCCACUGUGCUACUACAUACGGCAUGGGCGGGCUACGUUGGAGGUCGGCCCAAAGAUCUCACGCCAGAUGUCCACCUAGAUAUCUACCGCCAGAACCUCGAGCGCGCAAAAAUCUUGAAGCCUGUUAAGAUCAACGCACAGUCUGGAGGCGAUUACUGGACUCUCGACGAAUCAGUCUGCUUCUAUCAGAAGACCAUUGCUAUCGACAAGGAGCUGGGUCUUACCGGACUCGUCAGCCACGAAACGCACCGCAACCGAUCUUUGUUCACGCCAUACGCGGCCAAGUACAUUCUACCAAAGGUUCCAGAACUUCGAGUGACAGCCGAUGUCUCUCACUGGGUUGUCGUAUGCGAAAGACUUCUGGAUCUCGGUGAAGAAGAUAGAGAGAUACUGGAUCUGUUGAUCCCAAGAGUCACUCAUAUUCAUGCACGUAUGGGAACGACCCAGUCAUCCCAAUGUCCUGAGCCGGAAGAUCCCGUGUUCAAAGAGGAGCGAGAGUUCUUCGAGAGGUUCUGGCUACGCAUUGUCAAGGCCCGAAGCCAGGACAGCGAUCUUAUCACCUUUGUACCUGAGUAUGGUCCAUAUCCUUAUAACCCCUACGGCAGCGUCAGAACACAUGGCCAGGUCGCUGAUAGUGAAGGCGCGAGGUUGCAGAAGCUCUUUGAAGACAGUCUGAAGGAGUAG